AUGUGGACAGUAACCUUAGGGGCAACUGUGUCUGGUGCUUGCGGCUCCAUCUGUGACCUCUCAGCCAUCGCGUUCGGCCCCGAGCUUAUGGACGCCUACCCCGAUGCCAAAACCAUCCUCACCAACCAGCCCGUCGACUCAUGGCACACCUCUUGCUCGAAAAUGCUAUUGCAGGCGAAAAAGUAUUGGCUGCACGGCGUGUUGCAACAUUUCGCCGGGGUCACAGGCCUGGUCUAUCCCUUACGGCGGAAAUACUGGCAGUGCCUUUUCGACGACGAUUUCGAGUCGAACGGCAAAGCGGCCAUGUGCGCACAAUACGUGGAGGUCCAAACCCAUGCGCAGGAGAUUGGAUCGAGGGUGUUGGGAUUCGGUCUGAGGGAUGAAUGGGGAGCGCUUUGCGAGUUGCUCAAGGUGGAAGUCCUAGAUCAUCCGUGUCCGAGGCGAAACGAAGGGGGCGACUGGAUACUGAAGAUGCGCGAGCGGGCACGGAAGGCUGCGGCCGUCAGGUUCUUCCGUGGCGGUUUGCCGGUUGCCGUUCUCGUGCUCGGCGCUUAG